AUGGCCGCGCAAGGGUUGGAGGAUGUGUACGCCAGUCUUCUUCUGACGGAUACUUACCUUCCCGGCGCCCUUGUGCUUGCCCAUUCGCUCCGAGAUGCCGGCACCACGAAGAAACUGGCCAUCUUGGUCACCCUCGACACCGUUUCGGCUGCCGUGCAGGCCGUGUACGACUAUGUCAUCCCCGUCGGCCGCAUUCGGAAUGAACACCCCGGGAACCUCGACCUGAUGAACCGCCCGGACCUGCACUCGGCCUUCACCAAGGUCAACCUCUGGAGGCAGGUCCAGUUCCGCAAGAUCGUGUAUGUGGACGCCGACGUCGUGGCGUACCGGGCCCCCGACGAGCUCUUCGACCUGCCUCAUGCCUUUGCCGCGGCCCCUGAUAUCGGCUGGCCGGACCUGUUCAACACUGGCCUGAUGGUCCUGACCCCCAACAAGGGCGACUACUACGCGCUGUUGGCCAUGGCCCAACGGGGCAUUUCGUUUGAUGGCGCCGACCAAGGACUCCUGAACAUGUACUUCAAGACUGGCUACCACCGCCUCAGCUUUACCUACAACGUCACACCGUCGGCCCACUACCAGUACUUGCCCGCCUACAAGCACUUCCAGUCUGCUAUUAACCUAGUCCACUUCAUCGGCCCGGAGAAGCCUUGGGUACAAGGAAGAGACAAGGCCACAGGGGGCGGGCCGUUUGAUCAGAUGGUGGGCCGGUGGUGGGCUGUCUAUGAUCGACACUACCGCAAAAAUACACCCCAAAUGGAACCAGGCCGACAAGAACCGCAAGUCCCUGAAAUCAUCCAGUACUUUGUCAAGGGCGAAUUCCAACCCACUGUCCGUUAUGUUGUCCCCGUGGGCGAACCUCCUAGCGACCAGCAGAUCGGCGAUCUCUACGGUCAGCAAAAUCAACCACCGGCCCCUUCGCAUGUUGUCGAUUCACAUCAACCCCAACAAGACCAGCAUCAUACUCACCAGUCUUUUGACCCCCCUUCUACCCAGCAAUCCCAUCCCCAUCACAACCACCAGCAUCAUAACAAUGACCACAGUCAUCAGCAUCAGCAUCAGUACCAGCAUCAAUCAUCUGAAUCAUCCUCGCAUUCUGCUUCUGACCCGCGCGUGUCUUCUAGCUUUCAAGAAGGGACACAUACUGAAGCUCAACAAGACCAGGCACCGGACCACCAGCAACCGUCCGAGCCGGAGCAUAAGCCUGAACCCCAACCCGAGCCCGUACCAAGUUGGGAUGCUCAAUGGCACCCGCCUCCGGCCGACUCGAAGCCCGAAGCAGAGAACUUCCCGCAGACUCAUUACGCCAUGUCGUCCGACCCAGCCCAGUUCGUCCCGCCGGAGCGCUAUCCCAGCCCGCCUAAGAAUAUGUGGUAUGAAGUGCCCAAGGAACCGCCAGCGCAGCCGCAAGAGAAGCCUAAGCCACUCUUCCCGUGGGAGACGCACCAGCCGCGACCGACGAGAGCUGAACAACGUUCCACGGCGCCCCAGCCGCAACCCCAAUCACGCCAACCACAACCACAACCGGGUCCUGAACCAGCCCCUUCCACCCCUCCACCAGCUCCAGCCACCCGCGCUGCUAUUUCUGCCCCUGCCGCCACCAUAACUGACAUUUGGUCGUCGUUCCCGCGCUCCAACGCAUGGGACAACAUUCCAGAAAUCAACCGCUAUGUCGACCGCACAAUGCCGAAACCUCAGCGCACGCGGAAUCGGAAUUUGCCUUCCGGUCGUGGCAAUGGUGGGAAUGGUGGAGUGAUCGCGGGCCACGGGAAUGCCGGUGGAAUGGCUGGUAAUUUUGGGUAUGGGACACCCCGGCGGGGAUCGAAGGUGACCGACUUUCCGAGCGAGGAGGACCGUCCGAGCCUGCCGGUCACUCCCGCGCCGAUUCGGCGGCCGAGACGCUGGGUCGCCGGCGAUCAACACGACGCUUCUUCUGCUUCUGCUGCUGGUGCUAAUAACGAUGAUGAUCAGCUCCAGGGCGCCGUGGGCGUGCCGGGGCAGGCUGACUGGGAUCCUGCGGCGCAGCUGCGGAAGCUGGCUAGGGAGCAGUCGGAGCUGCUGUUCCAGCGGCUUGGUGCGAAGGCGACGGGGGAAGGGUCGUCGGUGGGACGACGGGGGUUGUUGGGACCAGAACCGCAGCGGGAGAUUCCUUCUCGCUCGUUGCCGUUUGGGUCAGAGAACGCCAAGUCGCCGACUUAUGUUGCUCCUGUCCCGCCGAACGUGGUCAGCCCGAAGCCGGUCAAGCCGGUUACGGGUGCCAGCUCUGUGAGCAAGCUCCUGGCUGAGGCGCCUGAGAUUAUACCGUCUUCUGGAACUGGGGGGACGGAUCGUCGUGACUAUGCUACUGCUGCUACUAACUCGAACUCAAACCCAAUCGCUACGCCCAGCUAUCAAGGCCCCGGGCUAGUGUAUGAGAAGGGCGAGGAUUUUCCGACACAAGAGACGCCUGCGCUGCCGACGGAGGAAGAAAGGGAUGUUCUUGAGACCUAA